GGCACUUGAAAGUGGCCACUAAUAUCAUAAUGAUUUUGUAAGCAACCAAGUGUCUCACCCUAAUAAGAAGAGUAGAUGAACACAGUGUGUGCUACAAAGACAGGGCUUUUCUCAGCUUUGGCUGGGCUGUGUCUCAGGGAGCAGCUGCCAACACAACCUCAAUAACUGGCAGCCCAACGUGCUCACAUGAGGCUCUCCUGCCUCCCACUUCUGACUCACUUCUGUCUCUGUGACAAACACUAACACUAUUGGAAAUAACUAUAGACCCACCUGCCAGUGGCAUUGAGAAGGAAUUUCUGCCAGUCUAAUUGAGGAGGAAGUUCUUGGCUUAAUUAUAGGAAAGAAAGUACCUGGUUAUUUUAAGAUCAGUCUAGAAAUUGUCAGCUUGCUGCUAAUUUCUGCUCUCCACAUAAUUUGGAGUGUAAUGCUUCCAUGUUGUGAGGUGCUUCCAUGGUCCUGGAGUUAUCAUCCAUCAUUAAGAUAAAAGUUAAUAGGAUACAGGUGUAGAGGAGAUAAUAAUAACCCCCUUAUCUGUACAGAUAUGCUGCAUAUUCCUGACGUGAGUAUUUUGAAAUGUUCAUUGUCUAAACUCACACCUUGUGUCACUUUAUCACUAGUACCCCUUAUUUCUAGAUACAGCCUCAGCAUGUAAAGUCACCACCUGUAUCACUGCUGCUGUCCUCAAGCUGAGUGGAACAUUUCAGGGAAUAUCUGUCACUGUGAAGUCUGGGUGAAAAAAUGCUUUGGAUUCCAUAAAAGUGCCAUUGUUUGCUGUUCCUGGGGUCUGUGCUUUUGCUGUUGUGUUUCUGCUUAUUUAUUUCCUGACUUUUCAUUUUAUUUUUGUUGCAUACCUGCAUGUUGCUCCGUUAGUGAAGUUUGAAUCGAGAACUUCUGCAUUAAAUGUUCAGAUGUUGCCCACAAAACUUUGUUUUCUAAAUAUGGAGCCAAACAUACUUCAUUUUUCCAAAGACAAAGAUAUAUAGUCCCAGCAAAGCUGAUCCCUCCCCCACCCCCUUUCUUUAUUUUUCAAAUGAGGUAGAGCUCCUGCCACAGAAUUGAAGUUAAUUGAAGGUAAUAAAAAUUGCCUGGAAAAACACAGUUUAAAUUUUGAAGGAUAUCCUGAAGACAAAAAAUCUUACAGUUAAAACAUUAGAAUGGUUUCAGUGUUCCACUGGAAACGUUCCUCUGUUUCAUCUCAACUCUUUUAUAAACCGGAAGAGUUUUUGCUGAUGUUCUACCAAACGCAUAUUUUACUUUUUUUGAGGGAUCUGGAGCAGAUCACUGCUCUGGUUGCUGUCUUGAAGUCCCCUGCACACUGGGAAGUGGUUUUGGCUCUAGUUGGCUGCUUCCCCAGUACCUGCAGAUGGAUGCACAGAGGAAGAUAAUCAGCCCCUGAAUCUGCAGGACUUGGGAAGACCUGGAACAGCAUGGCAGAGUUUGGGUGUGAGGGAGGCACAUCAAAAGAAAAUGCAGGUUCCUUAUUCCAGCCAGGAGAUCUGGUAAAGAUAUUUGUCCUAUGUGAUGUAGGAUUUUUCACCUGGUGGUGUCUCUUUAAUAAUUUUUGUUCAAACAAAAAGGAUUCCUUGAAGUAAGGCAGUUAUUUUUAACCUCUAAAGCCAGAAGAAAACAUUUCUGCUAAAAACCCCAAAACCACUGUACAAUUUAGUAAAGCCUUUGAUAACUGUAAAGCUUUUUAAUUUGUUUUAAUAUUUCCUUUUUUCUUUAAUUUUCCUUUUGCAAUUGGUCUUUAUGCUAAAGAAGAAGAAGAAGAAGAAACCUUGAGAAAAUAGAAGGCAACUGUUUUCUGUUCCUGGUUGCAAAUAAUCCUACAGGCAAUUUUCUCACAUUGCAACUAUUCCUUGAAAGCCCCUGUCCAGUUCUGCCACGUGUUUCAAGUUGGAGUGACCAGAGCAUGUGCGUUAUCUCCUCCCACCUGCUUCACAGUGCCCUCUAGAUCUCCCACCUAAAAUAAACACCAGUGUGGUGCCCCACAGACUCUGGGGACAUUUACUGAACAUAACACCACGUGUCUGUGCCCAGGGGUGUUCACAGCAGGUUUCCUGCAGCCCGGUGCCCUCCAGGAUGUACAUCCCACACACGUCCCAGAGCUACCAAACAGUUGUGGUGUGCACAAGCCUAGUGGACCUACAAGCAAGUCAGUGUAGGACAUCCUAGUCCUGCUAAUGAAGAUGUUAUCUCUGGAAACUUUUUGCAUUGCUCAGCACUGGUGCCAUCCAACUGCCAAAUAGUGGUUAUGCCCCCUGAAAAGUGAUAGAAGCUUUAUAUUCUGAGCCGAAAGCAAAUGAGGGCAACGACCAUGGGCACAUCUGGGGCUGCUCCAAACUGCUGUCAUCAGCGGAGAAGUCGAUGGGCUCAUCAACAAGACAACAAGAGAAGAGACCACAGAGCUACAAUUUUACUGGAGCCCAGGAAAAGGAAUUCCAGGCAUCAGCUGCACUAGGGGUGUUUCUCUUCCAGCACUGGAGGCUGAAUUUAGAGAGGCUCCUGAGUUAUACACCACUCCCAGUAUCAUUCCAAACUUAAAAAAAGAGAUGUUCCAGUCUGGUUUCAGCAAUUGCCCAUGACAGAGAUAAUUUCGAGGCAAAUCAGCCACAUCCUGAACCAAACUGGAUCGAUCUUGCAGGAGCACACUGCCAGCACUUACCGAGUCUAUACCCCUUUUCACUGCUGGCCAUGAGGGUUUCUGGGCUGUGGCUGGACAAAGCUGUGGGGUACCACAAGUGCCACUGAGCUUUUAGGCCUUCAGCUGAUGAUUGCAGAAAUGGUGAGUCUGUGCUUUUUACUUUCCUAGGUCCCCUUUGCAUGAGGGAAUGAAAACUGAGCCUUCCAUAAAAACGUCUUAUUUGAUGCAUAGCUUAUGCUGCAGAAAGUUUUUAAUAGAAUGUUCAUACAUGACAUACUUGGCAAUUAUCUCCUGUUUCUCUAAACUUGUAUAUAUCUUCCUUAUCCAGUCACUUAGUUCAUAAAUCCAGUGAUGUGUUUUUCCCUCUACACCUGCAGUAAGUUAGUUUUCAUAAGGAUGAGAAAGUGCCUCUUGAGACAACACAUUGCUGAGAAGAAUUAGAAGACCAAAGUGUUUGUUCUCCACAUGGAAGUUCUUUAGGACUCAUCAAAAUACCUGCUGUGUUUCCCUGAGAUAUCAUUUAUCACAGGACCAUAUAUCACUGGGCUGCUCUGGGCCACAGAUGUGCUGGCCUGGGUUUGGAGACUUCAUUCUCUUCUGAGCUAUCAAAAAAUCCCUGGAAAGCAAUAGGACAGGAAAAAUCAAGCCACCUCCAACAAACAAGGAUUCACAGUCUUUGGAACUUUUACAAUAUUCAACUCUUCUUUUGUCCUUGUCAUCCUCUUAUUGUGGGAAUUGUGAUCUGACUUCAUUUAGUACAAGAAAAAAAUCAACUUUGUGCCAAACCUUCAUCGUCAUCCACAUGGGGAGAAUGGGAAAAAUGCUGUACCACCUCUCUCAAAAAUCUUGGUAUUGAUAUUGCACAACCUGCAAUAUUUAGCCCUCAGUCUGUUUCUGAGGCAAAACUAAGGGAUUGGAAUAUUCAGUAAUUUUAUUAUGGACACCUGUGACAUUACCCUGAAAACUACAAGUCUCUCCUAAAAUAUAUAUUUAUAAAACAUGGAAGGGGGGUUUGGGGCUUUCCUAACAAUCAGUUGCUCUAGACCCUGUUUGGGGGUAUAUUUACUUACCUUUAGCACAGUUUCCCACUCUGUUGCUGUGCUUCCCCAAACCAAGGCUCUGUAGCAGUUCCAUUGAACGAAACUUUGUUUUGUACCAAAACAUUUGGUUGCAAGUGGGAAAGUCUUGACCAGCUUGUGAUCCCAGCAAAAUAUUUUCCUCCUGCUUUUGUGGGGGUAUAUUUCUCUCAUUCCAUUUUUGAAGAACUCCAAGUUUUAAAGUUGUCACUUGCUGUUAUUGAAAACUUCUGACAGCGCACUCAAAAUACUGUGUACACUGGGAAAAAGUAACUCCAGUAAGUAAAGUGGUAGUAACUCAGUAGUGUAGUCAUUAGUAAUCUAGUUAGAAGUCAUUAGAAAUCUAAUUUUUCAGCAAACCUGAAGAAGGCUUCCAGAGUUAAUGAAUGAUUCAAUCCAUAACAGGAGUGCUGAAAACAUUUCUUUAAGAUACGAGAACCAGGUUUUGGUCAGGAGGAAAAUCUCAUAGAUAUUCUGCAUUUAGUUUUUAAGUGUCGCUGAAACAAGUCUGCAGGGAGUAUGAAACCUCUGGUAACUCUUGGGUGACCCCUCUUAUCAUUUGCAAUUGAAUGCUCCUUUUAUAUAAGACUAAAUAUUUCUGCUUUGGGGUUUUUUUUCAGAAUGUUCCUCAGAGCACAAUUUACUGCUUUAAGUUUCAGAUUUGAAAUAAGCACACUUGAUCAGAGACAGUUUUUUUAGUUGCUUCUUAGCUAGUAUAAAUGAGAAACUUUCACAGCUACAGUGUAAAAAUGAAAAAAAAAAAAAAAAGAAAAACAUUGCCAGAUCUGUGGGUUUCUCCAGCUGCUAAAAUGAGCCUUCACUAGUCAUGUGUCUUCUACUGGAACUAUAAAAGCCUUCUUUAAAAGAGCUCAAAUUUUCUUUGCAAAUGGAACAGCCCAAGGAUCUGUAGCAAUCAUCCUGUUAUUCAUUUGUGGCAAUGCCAAGAGUAAAGGGUUAAAAGUCUGGGGAGACAAUAUUUGGUUAUUUUCUUUAACUCAGUGAUGUAUUUGGUUAUUUUCUUUAACUCAGUGGUGAAUCUGCUUUUAACAUAUGUGGAGAACAAAGCAGUUCAGACAAUUAAACUUCCUAAUCAAAAUGUGUGAAGAGAGGCAGUGCUUUGUGCACUUGAAUGAGGUGCUUGCAGGAAAUCCUUGUCCAGCAGAGCAGCUCUGCAGCUUGCAGUCCAUGCCUUGGAAUGGUCCAAGUAUCUUCCACUCUGAAGAACAGUGUACUCCUCAGUGAGGAGAUGACAGGUUGUUCACUUGCUUUAUUUCUUUAUGUAAAAUUGUUGUUCCUUUUGCCCCAUUAAGGCCCUCCCUCAGGUGUGUGUGAGUGCUGUGGUGUGUCGGGGAGCACGGAUGGAGCACAGUUCUUCCCGCUCCGCGUUCUCCUGACUGGGGCAGGUGCAUUUUGGAAAACACUCCUCAGGAAGUGUGGGGAGAUGGUCCUUGGACAGCCAACUCAGCUGCAGGGUUUGACAGGUCAUCUGCAGCCCUGGUAGGUCCCCGUGGUGCUGAUAUGCAGGACCCAGGGGUGGGUUAUCCCUGCGCUGUGCCCCUGGAUCCAGGAGUUCAGGUAUGGAUUUAAAUCAUUGUUGUGUGCAUUGGGUCUCCCCCUUAUUUCCCCAGAGGGUCAAAGGCAUCAGGCAAUCCCAGUGGGCCCUUUGGUGCAGGCUGCACCCCUUUAGCCGGUGCCUGACUUUACCUGAGGGUGCAGUGGUGCUGAGGGACUAUCAGGAAUGUGGGAAUGCUGCCCUCCCUUCCUGCCCGCGCUCGGCGAUGGAUCCCACAUGAUGAGGAGGAAUUCAGGAUGGAGACAAUCCAGAAUUACUGAAUGCAGGAACUGGAAGCCAGAAUUCCCUUCUCCCAGGUGUGAUCCCAACAUCUGCCCGGGGGGGUGGAGGAUGGAGGCCACCUGCUCAUCUUGUGUGAGUUCAGAAAAUCAGCACUUGCUAAAGACCCAUCGAGUGAGCACAUCAAACCGUGCCAGUGGUAAAAAUGAAAGUGUUUCCAGUUCCUCAUCAGCCUUCCAAUUCCACCUUCUAUUGCCAUUUGUUGCAUUAGAACUUUCUGUAAUCCUUUCCAGGAGUAACAGGCCCGUGUCCUUGCAAGCUGGCAGUUUGCUGUCACUCAGAAAGCCUGGGGUGGCAGUGCUGGUUUCACUGGGGUGAUGGCUGGAGAAAGCACCAGCUGGGAAGGAUCAAGCUUGUAGAUGGUUUGUAAACACGGAGAAACAAGGGCAUUCACCAGCAUGGCUCCCCAGUUGCAACAGUUUUCCAUGGAUGGUCACUUCAGAUUUCUGACUGAUAGAUCCAUCUUUAAAGAAAAAAUUAAAAUCCCAAAGCAAACCAGAAGAAAAUCUAAAUUCACAGGUCUAGAAGAUAAGAAGAUCAAGCAGUUGCCUAAUUUGUGGAUCCAGACUGGACUUUGGUGGGGAUUUGGCACCUAUUUCAUACACAGAGCUGAGAAAAAACUGAGAAGUGAUUACUGCAGUGCAUUCAAAUGCCAUGGGAAGGUGAGCAAUGGAAGGCCAGACACCUCCAGACCAAUGGGCAGUGCUACCAACCAUGGAAGCUUCUGUUUCAGGCAGGAUGAAAUUGGGAACAGCAACAAACACUCAUCCAAACAGCAGCUCAGUGGUGAAAGCAGAAGCCUUGACUCUGGAGACUAUUGAGCUGGUAUCUUAAAGUGAAAUUGCUGAUAAACCACCUUAUUAAUUAGAAAUGUCCUCAUUUCUGCUCUUUGCUGUAUUUUCUUCCUUCACUUUCUUCAUUGCUCAGCAGCAAGCUUGUGUUUUAUGUGCAGAGCACAUGUUAGUCCUGUGUCAGCAGCCUGUAUGUGGUUUAUGUACCACUGAAUUUCACUUAAUUGUGUUGAACUACGGGCGACUUGAAAGCUGCCUCCACUUGUAUCCCCUGUGAGCAUGGGAGGAACAUCACCUCAGGCACUGCUGGGUGGCCUCUUCUGGCUCACAAUUAGUGUUCCACUGUUAUGAAAUGGAUUCUCACACUGUGGCAUUUUUGGCCACAAACUGGUCGGUUGGAAACUCAUGGAUGUUGGAAUUGAAAGUUACCUUCUGCUGUUGUGAUAGAUUUACUUUCUCCCUGGGGAAAAAAAAAAUAAAAAAAAAAUAGGUAAAUCUCAAAGUCAUGUAUACAUUUGUAUUAUAUAUUUAUAUCUAUUUAUAUAUAUAAAUACAUACAGUGGGCAUAGGUACCUCUGAUAAUCCAUCAGAACUCAGUAAAAGAUAAACCAGAUAUAUUUUGAUAUAUUUCUGAAAGUGUCAUAUAAAACACAGACAACGUAUCACAGAAUGAUUGUAGCAUAAAUAGACACAUUCCUUCAGAACAGGAGCAUCCCUACUGGAAAAUCUUCCUGAAGGUUUAAGUCCAGCCUCCUGUCUCCUCAAUGGCCAUGAUUUUUUAGUUCCUACCACCUGUGAAGCUGACAGAUCUGCUUUUAUCUGGCUGCAAUGUUAUCUGGAAAAAAGGAAUCCUCAAUUGCAGCUGAAGGUAAAUUUAUUUCUAGCAUUUGACACAGGUUCAAGAAGUCCAAUGGCAGUGCAAUGUUGAGUACAGUCCAACACUUUCUCUUACAGUUGUCUUUGACAUUUCAGGCCUUUGUUUUGUUUUAUUUUAAAUAACCUUCGUAACUAUGCUUUCAAGGUAGGUUUUCAUCUUCUUCACCUAUUUGACACUGUCAGCAAUGAAUGCCAAGUAAUCAAUACUUCUGACCUAGGAUUUAUUUUGCAGCCCAAGAUUGGUGUUAAAAAUUUUCCCACACUGUAAUGGAUAAAACUCAGAUAGAAGAGAAGGAUAGAAAUGAAAACUGAGACUCUCAAGAUAUCAGCAAAUUAAAGUCUUGACUUCUUCCCUUCAUUCCUAAAUAUAUUGGAGGGUGGCAAUAGCACACCUGAUCUUUCCCAGAGGACCCCUCUCUGCUUCAUGAUGAAGAGCAAAGUUUGAGUCCAGCCCAGUGUUCCCAGCUCGCUCCCUUGGCAUCAGGAGGAGUGUCCAUGGUGUGGUUUGCAGGAGCUGCAGAGCAGCCUGUGGGUCUGGCUGUCAUCUUCUAAAUCCCUUACUUUUAGAGAGGGUGAUUGGAAUAGAAAACCAUACCUUCAAAUACUUGCUUUUGGUUGAGGAGGACUCAGAUGACACUUAAAAGCCACCUGAGUCUGUGUGGAAGAGCAGACAAACUGAGGAAGGUGCAGCUUGCAAGGAGAGCACCACUGUGUGUUUUCCUCCCCAGCUGCUCCUCAGCUCCAGAAGGACAGGCAAGUACAUUCUUGGAGGAUUAUUUUUCAUCCCCAAACUCUGUAGAUGAAAAGGUUUAUUAUGAGACUGGAUUGAUCUGGGUCUUUUUUGAGCAGGUAAAUGAUAAGAUUUUGAGUUACUCUAAGACACUCAUCUUCCAUUUCUGCUGGGACUUCAGAGAGGAAUUGUUCCCUUUGUACCACUUUGUACACCCUCCCAUCACCCUUCUGUAGGUUUCCACUUCUGUGUGUACCAGAGCUUUUGCAAGUGACAGUCUCUGCAGAUAUGGACAUUAAAAAAGCCACUGAUGUGGCUUAUUUUGAGAAUAAAGGCUGGAACUUUAAAAGAGGUGUGAGAUGUGUAUUUAUAUGUUGUAUUUAGUUUUGACACUGAACUGUGAUAUGUUCUUUUAAAUUUGACAGAAUUCCUCUGGUAUGGUAUAGUAUGGUAUAGCACUUGUAUGGUAACUGUUUUAUGCUUUUAAGAAUACAGAUGUGGUUGAAGCAGAGAUGAAGACUCAUAAUUCACAAUAUUUCCAAUUAAAACCACAGAAUUAAAUACAAACAUAAAAGGAUUUUUACCAUUAUCUCCUUGCUUGGUUGAAGGAUAAUGUAUUUGAAUAUAAAAUAGCAAAGGUUUUAAUAUCUCACUUUUUUCUGCUAAACCUCUUCAUAAGGUUGUGUGUCUCUAACAGAAAAAUAUCUGAGAGGCAAGAUGUUCUAAGAUGAGGUUAAAUGAAUGAAAGCCUUUUGGAUUUUCUGAAAAUUGUGAGGUUCACAAGCACUGUUACAUAUUUUACUAUGUCUUCAAAUCAGCAGGAGUGCAAGUCCUUAUCUUUGCAUAUAAUUUUGCGGUGAUUAAUAUUAAAUAUUGUGUGAUGUUUUAAGGAUCGUGGCCUCAACUAAUAAAUAUGGAGACACUGUGAAUUUCUGUGUUCUGUUUAAAGGAAUUAGACAUACAACAGCAGUUGCUCUGUCUCUGAGAAUGGUCCCCUGAAGUCCCAUCUGGGAUGCUCUCUGGGCAGAUGUCUUCACUCAGUGUCUGAAAUGACACCAGACACCGUUGUUUAAGCACAGAAUUAUUCCAGUUGUUUAUUGCUUGGCUGCUCCUCGUGUCUUACAGGGGCAGAGAGAUCCCAACCCUCAUUAGGCAGCCCUGGAGGUUUGCCCUGAGUGUGGAUCUGAGCUGUGGCUUCCUCCCAGCUGCUCCUGGAGCCGAAGCCUGCAAAGGGCCUGGUAGGAAGCAGCUGUUGAAAACUCUUUAAAAGCUUUCAAACAAACUUGCCCCAGAGAGCUCGUCCCCAGUUUGCUGUCGGUGCCUGUGCUGGUCCCUCCUCUCUCUGCAGAAGGACUUUGCUCACAGCCUUUCAUCUGCAACAGGGUACCAGAGACUUGCUUGUCCAAGUCUCUCUUCAGACAAAUUGCUCCAGGGAAGAGACCACGAACAGUUAAACAAGAUAAUCAUUAGUGGAAGCAUCUGUCUCAUCAUUCUGGAAAAGUAUUUAAAACAAAAGUCUUGAGGGAGAUUUGUCUGUGUUCUCCCAACUGUCUUCACUUCUGAGCUGCACCAGUAGGUACACAUUAAAUUUAUCUGUAUUCUGUGGAUUAAUACAGCAGAAUAACUGUGACUUUGAACCUCCCCACAAGCUUGAAGAUGUAUGUGAGAAGAGAGUCUGACUUAUAUCUCAAUAAAGAUAGGUAAAAAAAGAGCCCAAAAUUGAGAUCAGAAGUGAAAACACAAUUGCAGCUAAUCUGUAUUCAUUCUGUUCUGAGCAGGAAUCCCAAAACUUUGACAUUUUUUGUCAAAGAAAUGCUGGUACAGCAAAAAAAAAAAAAAAAAGAAAAGUGUAAUUAAUUGAAAUUCCUUGCCUCAGUUAUCAUUUAUUUAUUUGAUAUUGAAAUAAUCACUAAAGAGCUCUACAGGGUUGAUGUUAGAGAGCUGCCUGACUGUAUUCCUAAAUCUGAGUCAAGUCACAAUAAUUUCUAAUCAAUAAUGCCACAGUGUUAUAGCAGGACUGUAAUAAAGACUCAGUCAAGAAUUUGGCCGAUAGCUUUUCACUGCAGUACAUUCUUUAAAGCUAUCUAGCUACCUAAAGACACCUUUGAAAAUGUAGCUCUUUCAUUUUGGCAUUCUACCAAAAACUCAGGCACAUAGAUUCCUCUUGGAGGGGCCUCUGUCAGAAGGUCAGUAAAUUCAGUUUAUUUUAUAAUAAAGAACAUUUAGACAAGCUUUGUAUUAUUUUUUAGUUAUGGAAUGACAGUUUAGGGGAGACUUUCUUUAAAAGUUUUCCAGGGAAGGAUAGGACUUGUGGUUAGCAUUGUCAGUAUAAUUCUAAUACACUUCAGAAAUGCAUAUGUUAAUUUUAUAACUUCAUUUUACAUUAGUUUUAUGCAGCUGUUGUGAAACCUCAACAACAUCAACAUAACAGAUGUUUUUAGGUACCCCCUUUUCAAAGUUGACUUUGGAUUCAUAAAAGUAAAAAGGAGCUUUCAUAAUGUUGAUGUUAAUGGAUUAUUUUAAUUAGAAAUUCAGCAGGAUUGGUUUACUUUAAAGUACACCAAAUCAGUUACAGUAAAGAUUUCCACCAGCUCUUUGUUCUUCACACCACAGAAGGAGGAUCUGUUUCGGAUCCUUCCUUCAGUGCCAUUAUGUCUUCAUAAUUAAAUCUCUCACUGGACAAGUACUUGUGCUUACUUUACUGCAUCAUUAAAAUUCUCACCCUCCUUAGUCAGCAUGCUUCAGUGUUUGGUUUUUGGUUUGUUUGGUUGUUGGUUAUUUUUAUUUUUUUUUUUAUUUUUGUUUCUGUUUCUUCUUCUGUGAAUUUUGUUGCUCUGUUGUCAUCCCUCUUCCCUUUGGUAAAUUUUUGUUUUCCAGGGGCUCAUGUUGUGUUCAGAGCGUUCACUUUCCUCAUAUUUUGUGUUGCAGCUGCAGGGAAUAACCUUAAGGGACAGGCCUCUGAGAUUUCUGUCCUUUCCUCAUGUUAAUGUUAAGUUCUUCUGGGAAAGGAAUGGCUGGUGUUGGUUUUACUUCUGGUUUCCUCCUGAGUGCAGGUGACCCACGGCUGCUGUGAACAGGAACUGAAGAUAAAGUGUGUGUUUAUAGGUAGCAUUUUAAAACAGCUGCAAUUUCACUGCUGGACCAACCCUCUGAUUAGACAAGUGGAAAAGCUAUGAAGUAUACUCUGUAAUAAAUGUCAGAGCAAAGAAGAGCAAAGAACUGAAAAACACCCUAUUAGAGGCUAGCAAGAGCCAGGAAAUAAAAGAAGAACCUGUGUGAAAAAGCAAAAAAAAUUCAAGAGCAGAACAGAAGUUCAAGGGUGACAAAGAAAAGGAUCACAGCCCUUUUGGGCCGUGACAGUGGUAAUUUUUAUAUCCAACUCAGUGCAAAGCUGGAUUCCAAGCUGUGGUGUCAUUGUGGAGCAGAGACUCAGCAUGCCAGUGGCAUCCAUCAGCCUGGGGUCCUCACCUGGCAGUGCAGUCACACAGCAAGAGCCCUGCUUGCUGAGAUGGCAGCAAUGCUCUUCAUCAGUGUGGAGGGUGAUUGUCACCAUCUAUUAAAAAAAAUAUUAAGAGUUUGAACUUUCUCAACAUCAGGAAGUCUUGCUGAAAACAUUCUUCUGAAAUUGAUACUUCAAAAUGCAUUGACUUAUUUUCCAAAUGGACUUCAUAUAUUCCAAUGCAUUAGAAGGUAACAAUACAGCUCUCAAGUGAAUUUUUUGCUGUUGUCACACAUGGAGUCACAGUGGGCACACAUGUGGCCUCUGUGAUGGUGGGGUGUUAAUUUGAGAGUUAUCUGGAAGAACCCAACUUCGGAAGUGGUGACAAAUGGAAGUUCUUGGUGUUAUCUCUGACAGGCCCUCAAUGAGAGGGACAAAAGAGGCUUGGGAAUCAACACAACAAAGACUUCAGACUUCCAAUUUUGCCACAGAUUGGUAGAUAACAUCUUGGGCAUCAGCUGCCUUCUGCAGUUGGCCAGUCUGGUGGAACAGGGACAGUCAUCCUGAUUUAUCCGACGCCAACCAGCGCCGGGAUGGUUGGUUUAGAUUAUUGAUUUGUUGGUUUAGAUGGUUGAUUUAGAUUACUUAGAUUAUUCAGACAGCACUCACAGUGCUGGCCAAAUGCUGCUUAUUCAUGUUUUCCCCACUGCAACAAUAUAUUUUCAUCACUAAUAAUUAACUGCUAAUUACUGUUGCCGACUAUGAUAGUGGCAUUUACCACCUUAUUUUUAAUUUCAGUGCAGAUGCCUACUUAAAAGUUAUGUAAAUACAUGAAAUUACAGUACAUUUUCCUAAUGACCCUGCUAUGUCUGAGUUUGAUCCUAUUCAGUUGUGACUAAGGAACAGUAAAGAUCUCCCUUCUGUAGAGCCAUAGACAGUUUCUGUUGUAUUCUUGCCACUUAAAUCAUGAAAUGUAAAGAAGUCAUUCUAGGCAGGAUACAUCUGGGUUGAAGGACUGCUGAUGCCAAUUAUGCUUCGUACAUAAUAAUGCACAUUUUACCUAUUUGGAAAAAAAUUCACAUUUAUUUACUGUCAAACAGGUGUUAAACUUUACACUGGAUAUUAGUGAUGGGCUCAUUAUUAACAGGUUUACACAAAGGGAUGAAAAAAGCAGAAUUUUGUUGAAACAAUUUACAUUUCAUUAGAUUUUUUUAUCAUAAAAUAAAUUAAUUACUAAAUAUAGGCAGAAGGAAUAUGGAAGAGUAAUAGUUAUGUUUUAUUUAUUUUUUUUAAAGGACAGGCACCUUUUAUUCACGAGAAAGCUUGUGAGAAGUGUCCAGUGUCCCCCUUACCCCUUACCACCCAACCCUGAUUAAAGACUGAACAGGGAACUGAGUUACAAUCUUUGUUAGCUAUACCAAAUUUGUGCAAGGCUUGGCAUAAUUGGCUUCUAAAACAAUUUUCUCCCAAAAUUACGGUUUUUUUGGCAAUAAAAAUUCAAAAACUUAAGAAUAAAAACUAACUUGUCAAAGCAGAACACUGUUUACAGUGAAAAAUAAGUGAAAAUGGGUAGAAGUUGCAUUUUAAACAUACUACCGUACUAUGAACAGUGUAAGAAAAACAGCUUAUAACGUAUGUGCAACCAAGAGCUUUUCACAAUAUUUUCUUCAAACUCUUUAAAAUUAUUUUUUAAUGACAAUUAUAUUUCAGUUGGACACAAAUGUAUUUAUUUUACCCUAGCAAUAGAACAAAAUAUAAUUUCUUUAGCCAUUUUUUCAUGAGAACGGUUCAUUGUACAGUUGAGGAAAUAUAUGAAAUAAGGCCUGUGGCUUGAUUGCUAGUGGUUAGACAUGUAUUCAAUCUUUGCCCUAAUGGAAAAGAUUUGCAGUGAACUGCAAACUGAUGCAGAAUAUCUCUCCUGCUUUUGCAAGUCUUGUCAGGAAUAGUAAGGUACAGUAAAUUUGUCCCACAGGAUUUUAAAGCCUACGCCUUGUAUAUAAUACAAUGUAGGCCUAGGAAAAAAAACAUGGUGCAGCCAUAUUUACAAAUUUAGUUCACAAACUGCUGCAGUAAAAUGGCUGGAAAGUGUUUAUUUCUCUCUUUUUUUUUUUUUUUUCACAAUUUUGUUAAAUUCAGCAGCAGAAGAUAUCUUAAAUACCUUGUUGGUAUUUUUCUUUUCUUU